AUGCCUAUUGAAAUCCCCCAAGCAAACUCCCUUCAGGAUCUCUUUAGCCUGAAGGGCAAAGUCAUCAUCAUUACCGGUGCCUCUGGCCCAAGAGGCAUUGGACUCGAAGCCGCUCGCGGCUGUGCCGAAAUGGGCGGCAACGUCGCUCUCACCUACUUCUCCCGCGGCGAAGGUGCGGAGGCCAACGUCAAGGCCAUCCAAGAGGAAUACGGCGUCCAAGCCAAAGCCUACAAGUGCGACACCUCCAAAUGGGACGAAGUGCAAGACCUAGUCAAGACCGUCAUCGCGGACUUUGGCAAAAUCGACAGCUUCAUUGCCAAUGCCGGCCGCACCGCCGAUGCAGGUGUUCUCGAUGGCUCAGUCGAAGACUGGCAAAACAUCAUCCAAGCCGAUCUCAACUCUGUUUUCUACUGCGCCAAGGCUGUCGGUCAUCAUUUCAAAGAACGUGGCCGUGGAAGCUUUGUGAUCACAGCCUCAAUGUCCGGACACAUUGUCAACUAUCCCCAAGAGCAGACUUCUUACAACACUGCCAAGGCAGGCUGCAUUCACAUGGCUCGCUCACUGGCAAAUGAGUGGAGGGACUUUGCUCGUGUGAACAGUAUCUCGCCAGGUUACGUCGAAACUGGUCUGGGUGACUUUGUCCCGCAGGAUACCCAGAAACUUUGGCAGGGCAUGAUCCCCAUGGGUCGCCAAGCUGACCCUAAAGAGUUGAAGGCGGCUUAUGUUUACUUUGUCAGCGAUGCUAGUUCUUACACCACCGGAUCGGAUCUACGGAUUGAUGGUGGUUACAUUUGUCGUUAA